GUUCGGCCAGUUUGUUUACAAAGCCAACAUACCGUAAGCAUGAGCUAGCCAUCCCAACGUUACCGAGUAACGUAAUUCAUUGAUACGAUUGAAAUACGGAAUUAAUGCGUAUAGAUAUAUAUAGUUUUGUACGUGUGUUUUUCGCUACACGCAAUCCAACGAGUGUUGACAUUCCAGGAAUAUCUCUAUGUGUUCGUGAACCAAGCACGUGUGUGAGGUAUCGUGUUGGCUGUACUACAUUCAAGAUUCCGAGAAGGAGAAGGUGGACGUCUGUGUGAUGUGAACGUCCUGUAUGAUACAAAACUAACCGGGAAAGUAUGUGGUGUCCCAGGACUAUGGAUGACCCUUGGGAUUACGAACCAUGUGAUCAGUAUUUCCAACAUGGUAUGACACCUGAUCAGAGGUAUCGGGCACAAGAAUUAUACCGAGACAGACCAGAACGGCCGCUGGAUGUGUAUGAUUACCCAGAAUCUAGCUGGACCAGAUUUGACUACAAUCACACCAGGGAAUCAAAAAUCGAUGAUUAUCAUUACAGGAAAGUAGAUAGAUCAGGAGGGUAUGGCAAUUGGAGGCUGUCACGAGGGUAUUCACGUGGUCGUUAUCGCGGGGAAGAGAAAGGACGACAGGAUAGAGGCCGAGGCUAUUGGAACAAAAGAGGACAGUAUACAUACAACAAAAUGCAAGGAAAGCGUCCAUGUGACGUCACAGUUGACCGUCAUGAAAAAAAACGUCGCUUGAAUUUGACAGAGAGCUCUGUAAAAGACAACUUUGAAAGUCGGUCACAUGGAGGCAGGAAAAGCCCUUCUUCUAGGGAAAGCUCUAGAUCUGCGGACUCCCACAGAUACAGAGAAUCAUCAAAAGAUAGGAAAGUAAUGUCAUCUGGAAAAUCAGAUUCUGACAGGAUUCAUUCAACCCAUUCCUCAAAAAGCUGCAAAAGGACUGCUGAUUCUACUAGUGAACAUUCAACAAUGGAAAGGCUAGGGGCUGAAACUGAGCGAUCAAAAUCCAAGGAAAAAAUAAUGACAAGUGAACUGAAUUUUACAAGUGAACUUUCCAAACAGAAAAAAGAAGAAGAAAAGAAAAAAGAAAAGACAGGAUGUGAAAAUGCUAUGGUUUCCGUUAGUUCUACUACAUGUACCUCUGUUUUGAAGUCUGUUUCAAUGGACAGAGUUUUGACAUCAAAUACAAAAUCAGUUUCAAAAGGACCCCAGUCCAGUAAGCCAACUUCGAAAUGUGAAAAUUUACCAGUAGUUCAUACCAAACCUAAGUUAUCAUUGAAAACAGGUGUCCGAGAGUGCAGUAACAUUUCUUCUGUGAACAAAUCGACUGACACAACUGUAAAAGGUUUGACUUCCUCUGGUAUGUCUUCAAAUUUUGAAGCCAAAAGAAUUCUUCCAAAAAUUCCAAAAAUUCCAUCAAAGAAUGUGUGUGUAAAUGGAGCCAAUUCAGGAAGUUCAAAGAAUGUGUCAUCUGUAAAUGGAACCAAGGAAUCAUCCAAAAAACAACACCACAGACAUUCAGUAGGAAGUGUUCCUCUCCAGCUUUCCAAGAAACCACUCAGUUCAGGGACUAGUUUGGACAAAAAACAACAAAAUAAAAAAAAGAAACAUAGACAUUCAUCAGGUCAUGUAACAGAGACAUCUCCGAAAAAUUCCAUGAUGGUGUCAUCUAAGACAAUUUCAGAGGUGACAAGUUUUGAUGUUGACCAUGAUGCUUCACUUAACUUUUUAUUAUCAGAAAGAGAUGAUUCAUUGCCACACUUGGUUCACAAAAAGAGGCAUAAACGAAUGUCCGGAUCAAUAUCGCCUCCACGAAACAGUGUUGUAGAUAAAGCUGUUGAUGUAAGCGGAUUGUUUCAUGAGGAUGGGAUUUGUGGAAAGGAGGAUGGUAAAAAAACAUCAAAAACUGUAAAAAUUUGUGAGAAAGAAGAAAAUCAAAUCUCCAAAACCACGUCAGGGAAGGAAAAUGUUGAACAAAGUUCGUCCACAGUGGAUAAAAAUCUGUCCAAAUCUUCUGUUAAGAGCCAUGAGAGACACAAAGUAAAGGUCAAAUGUCAUAACAAAAAGACAAUUUUAAAUCCAAAAGGAAAAGUAGAUAUCUCUGGAAAACCAAUAGAGAAAGAAAAAGUGCAUGGUGCUGCAAAAAAUAAAUUAAGUGUGAAAAAAAUGCACACCAAGCAUGUUCAAGUUUCAGGAGGAAAGAAAAACAAAUUAGGAGGAUCUGAUAAAAAAGAAGGAACAGGGAAGGAAUUAAAUUCAAUGAGACAUCAUGAUCAAUCAUCUGAUAUGGUGCCGGUUGUAUCUGUUAAAAAAGUUCCUUCAGAAGUGAAAAGAGAUAAAACUAAAACAACUGAAAGUCAUCCUUUGGAAAGAGCCGAAGUUGAAAGUUCAGUGCCCAGUGCUGUUCAUUCUGAUAAGGAUUCAGUGUCAAAAAGUGAUAGAAUGAGCCUGUUUGAUCUUUUUAAAGACAGUUCAGAGGAUCAACCACAGCAAAAAUCUAGUAAGCUUUCUGUAAAAAGAACCCCGGACAGUAAACAUUCCAAAAGAUCCCCUACCAAGUCAAAUAUAGAGCGAGAGAAAAACCAUCACAGCAAGAGAAAAAUUGAAGACAAAUUGAACAAAGUUUUAUGCAAAAAAGCAAAAAUAUGUUAUGGUGAGGAAGUUUUAUCGUCAGAAAAAGGAAAUACAUGUCCAGAGGAAGAAAUUAUGAACAUCAGUAAAUCAUCUGCAGUCUCUGAAAAUUCAAAUAAAAUUUGUGAUACAGUUGAUUCAGAAAUGGAAAAAGUGUCAUCGUCAACUUCAAGCUGCCCGACAACAGAAUCUGAUAUUCUGUCCUCUGGUCCAUUGGAGAAAGACCUGUCCAUACAUUAUGAAAGUGAUCUGUCUAUUAAUUCAUCUGGUCGACAUAUGGACGAAUCUGGUUCGGCAGGCACAUCUUUUUCUUUGUCUUCUUGUAUGACGUCCCCGUCUUUCAAUAAAAGUGACACUUUGCUCAGUGACGAUGAUAAUGAAACAGAAACAUCAUCCAACAUGUCAAAGUUAAAAAGUGAACAAUCGCUUGAGAUCCAAUCACUCGUAUCUAAGAACUUGGAAUGUGAUUCUUCAAAAAACAUGUCUUCAGAUUUGUGUGACAGACAGGAAACUCUCGGUGUUAUUGAUAAUGCAAGUGAAAGUGAAGAUGAUGGAAGUGACAGACUUGUAAUUGACCUUAAUUAUACAUCUGUUCCUUUGGUAGAUACAGCAGCUGGUGACACUGCAAAGAAUGAGACAGAAUGUUUUAAAUUGCCAAAAUCAAAACACGAGAAAAAUCCUAAUAAUCAUGAUCAGAAGCAGAAAGAACAGCAAUCUGAACAGCACACAACAUCAACAUUAACUGAUGACUACGAAUCAAGCCAAGAUGAGAUGAUGGACACCAACAUGAAUGAUUUUGUUGAUAAGGAUGAUAUACGGCUGAUUACAUACAAUGAAGGAGACAUUGAGUGUCCCUGGACACCAAUGCCACCUACACCAUAUGUAAGCAACUCACAGGAAGAUGAUAUGCAAGAGGAUGUAAGUCUCCCAGAGGAGAACUGUAGUUCUCCUAUCAAUGAAGGAGAAGAGAUUGCCCCAGAUCAAGAAAAGGAAGUGAAUUCAGUGGAAGAGAAGGAGACGGUUCCUUUUCAAGAAAAAGAGAUUGAUUCACAUCAAGAAAAGGACACAAAUUUAGAUAAAGAAGAUUCACAUCAAGAAAAGAACACAAAUUUAGAUAAAGAAGCAGAGAUAAGACAAAUUAUAGAUCCAGGAAAGGAGAACAAUGAAGAUCAGGAAAGGGACAAAAAUCCAACUAAAGGAAAGGAAGCAGAUGCAGAUCAAAUGAGGAAAACAAGCCAAGAUCAUGGUUGUAGUUCUGGGGAAGAGCAACUGGAACAGAAGGCUAACAUACUUGCUUCUCUUUCUGGUGUAAGGCCGAGUUCUGAUGCAGAUAGUCAGAAAGGAAAGGAACAUGCUGCUCCAUCGAAUGAAUUUGUGACUCAGUCAUCAGAGAAAAAGUCAGCUUUUGAGAUUGCUACAUUUCCAGUAUCUAUUAAACAAGAACCUGUGUCAAUAGAAGAUUCCUGUAUUACAAAGCACAUUCCACAUUCACAACCAAUACGUGGAGCAGCAAUUACUCGGUCUUCAUCAGCAGAUCACCUGACUUUACAAAAUCACGAAUCGUCAAAACCAUCGAUCAUGAGAUCACAAUCUGUAGGAGGGGAAAGUAACCAAAGUUUAUUAAGAUCAUGCCAGGGACCAAAUAUCUCAUUGAAUGCUGUGCCGCCUUGUGCAGUUGAUGCUGGAACUAAAGUACCCAACGUUUCUACACCUGCUUCAGGGAGUGAUGCUUACACCAUCAGUGAUUCUUAUACUGCGACUCAUAUCAAUCUUAUAGUGAACUCAGGAAAAUUGAAUGCAGAACAGCAAGAAUUUGUGGCAAAAAUAGAUAAAAGCCUAGAUUUGCUAAGUGCAUUAGGGAGUAGUUCAAUGCAAAUUCCACUUAAACAUGACAAAUUCUUCACAGAUGGCAGUGAGUUUACUAGCUUCGGGAAUUUCUCACCAAAGCAUCUGACUCCCAAAAACAUGAUGCGGUGCAUUGAGUGCAAGGAAUGUUUGAAGACUAUGUCACCACGUGAGUUCAUUGAGCAUCUAUGUGGGAGUGUGCAGCACAAGCAGUUUGAUAUGGAGAAACUGGUCCGCACCACCUUCGAGUUCUGUACCAACCAAUGUAGCAGCUCUGACACUUGUGCCAGGGUGCUUCUCAUCAUCAUCUUUAAACUUGAAAGAAGUUUAUUCAGGUCCUUUAGGGAGGGUUCUGCUUGUCAGACAGUUUCCUCACCAACUGACGAAACGCACAUGACUAUCAGUCCUCGUACCACUCCGUCAACAGCUGAAACCACAUCCUGUGUGGAAUCGCGUCCAUUUCCUGAGGCUCAGAAAGUACAGCAACCAGCAUUAAGUGGAUUAUCUUCUGUUGAGACAUCUUUGAUAACAAAUCUCCCUUCUGGUAUUGCCCAGUCUUCAUCUUCAGCAUUACCUACACCACAAGAAAAUUGUCCCCCAACAACCCAGAUGAUUGAGGAUUCAAUAUCAAAAUCUCUAGCAGUGGGAGAAUACCUAUCAAAUAUUCAAGGAGUUGAUGCAUCUCAACCACCAAGAAAGGGAACGGACAAUGUUUUGUCAGUGGAUGCUUGGUCACAAGGCUCCGUGCAGCAGUCAUUGACGGAAUGUACCACACAAGUCGGUGAGCAACCUUUGCAGCAAAACGGAAUGAAAUCAGUUGCUCCAUUAGCUGGCAUUGGGCAACUUCCUACAACAUCAUCGACUAGUUUCAGCAUCUCGGAAAUAAACAGUUGUCGCAAUAUUUGCAGCAGUCAGCUGAAUCUCUGAAAAAAUCUUCAACUCAAUCGUGC